CGCUGGCGCGCGGCCGCCGUGAGGCGCUCCGGCGGCCUCGGGGCCGCGGCGGCAGAGCGGGCAACGCUCGGCGAGCUGAGUUAUUCUAACCUGCCUUCAUUGGACCUUAAUAUUAGUUAUGGGCAGGUGCGGAAUUUGCAUAAUGGCUCGUUCGGCGCGGUGUUAAUUACUGUGUCUGAAGUGCCCCGCUAAUGAGAUAAGUGCGUGAGGACUUCGGGAAGGAGAGGGAGGAAAGCAGGUGUAAAAUUAAUCAAAAGAGGAGCGUGGCCCGCAUCAAAGCGCGCUGCGGCUGCUGCGGUGAACUGAGCGCUCGGUUCUCGUUACUCUAAUUUGUUGUAAGCUUGUGGCUGCAGUUAACAAAUUCUGGAAGUGCCAACACGCAAUGAAAACGGCAGGUUACUCUAGGAAAAGCUUUCCUGACAAUUCAGCUGGUUUGUGUAGUUUUCUCAGUGCUUGUCCGCAGAGUUGUACGUAACUUUUCCCAGAAAUGUUCUGUAGGUAAACGCUUUGCUGCUGUACUCUAUGAUGCUGUAUUGUCAACCCUUCCUGAAGGUGUUCUGUGGGAAAAGCUCUUAGGAACGUUGGAUGGCUUUGUAUGUUCUCUGUGUAGUCUAUUCUCUCUGGAAAUGUUUUUUUUUGUUUUCUACAAGUACCUCAGAAAGUUUGAUGGCUUCUGACUAUGCUUUCAUUCACUCUCUCCUCAUAGUUCCUGUCUGUGUGGUGACUUAACUGAGAAUUAAAGCUAUCUGGCAUUUUUCAAGAAAAAAAUGUAUGGUCUGGUAGAAGGAAAUUUCAUGUGAUUUGUUUCCUAUGAGUCUGUACUAUGUAGUCUAAGUUUGCAAAAAGCUUUUUCAUCAUAAGCACAUAAAAUGCAAUAGUAUGAAAAAUUUUAUUUUAACCUAAGAUCCCAAACUGAAUGUGCUCUCCCACUUUCAAUUUUACUGGAACAGAGUAGAUGAAUAGAAGUGAUUCAACAAGUGCCUCUUUUUUUUCCCCCUAUACCAAUUUUGCAAAAUAAAAAAUCCUAGGUUAGGUUUAUUGGGUUUUUAUGCGAAUCACUUUCUUUCUGCAGGAUUUUGAAGUAUGCAAUGAAGAUAGCAAAGGCUAUUUAAGCAAAGAAGACUCUACAGUUGGUCUGGUAAUGGGAGGAAAUGAUAGAGGAUUUUUGGCUUUUGAAGACUUCAAGAGAGCUUUCAAUUCUGUUUCUUCUAAGUUAUCUGAAAAAAUCAUAUUUGAAGCCACUAGAGAAGUCAAUCAGGAUUCUGAUGGCUGUAUCAGCUUCAAAGACUUUGAAUCUGCAAUGAAGUAUGGACAAGAUGAAGUAUCACCAGUGUACUUUGCCUAAGGAAUAUUUUCUGGUAAAAAGACAAAGUGAAAACUUUAGAUCUCAAGAUAUUUAAAAAUCAAUGAAACUUCAUUUGUUUCAGCCAGCAUUUUAAGAACUUUGACUGUAAGUGUAGCUCUGAAGAGCAGCCUUUGAAGAUUUACUGUUGACAAGUUGGGUGUAUUAAUUUACAUGUGUAUAUGUGUGUAGAAUGCUUAAAAUAUUUGAAUCUCAAUUGAUUCACAAUCACACUACUUAGGGAUUGGAACUCUGUACUUUUUCUUUUUGACUUAACAGAAAAAAAAAGAUCAAUUAUAAUUUUCAGUUACUGUGAAAUUUACUUGUUCACUUUUUCAAUAGACCAAAAUAUCUCACAUGUACAGAGACAUGUAGAUUGAAUUUAUGGUAGAAAAUGCCUGUUGGUUUUGGGUUUUUUUAUCAGUAGUAUAUUUGUAUUCCCUUUACUGUUUUAUGCACAUAUAUUGCUCUUUUUUAUGUAUUACACAUUGUUUUUAAUUUAACAUUUAUUAGUUAAUUAGCUACAUUAUUUGGUUCUGAACAAUUCCCAAGAACUGUGUAUGUAAGGAAGCAAGCAUAAGUACUUAGCUUUUUUUUUUUUUUUUAGU